AUGUGGCAGACGUCGAGCAUCGCACUCUCUGUAAGGCAGCACGACCGCAAGCGGAACGAUUUCGUCAUUCACGCGCUCGAGAUCACGCCGUCAGCGCAAUCAUACAAGGAUAGCGAGAAACGGGCGCUUCGUUCAUCAAGAGCCGCCGUAACUGCAGCGGCCGCCACGACGCCACACUUGGACAUCAGAACGUGCAACAUGUACAACAAUGUCGGCCACAUCGCGCACGUGUGUCUUAGUAAAGCGAAGAACGUCCGCCACAAAGAGACGCCUCGAUGGGCGCUCGCUGGACUCAUUGCAGUUUGUCUGACGGAGGAGGACUAA